AUAUUAUGAUAAUAUGUGAUAUUAUUAUUAAGAAAUAUUAUAAUAUACGGGGCAGAUUAGAUUCUCAUGAUAGUAUACUCUAAUUCUCACGAUCAAGGGCAUUGGGGCGGAAACCCUAAAGGAGGCAGUGAAAGGGGAAGUCCGAGAGGUGGGGACUUAGGCCGACAAUAAGUUCAAGGCCUAGCCCGAAGAUCAGGUAAAUACUGAGCCCGAGCCUGAUUAAUUUUAGUUGUACCUUGGGCUAAGCCCGUCCUGGCCCGUCCAUUAAACGGGUCUAAUUUGGGUUGAAUGCUAGAUUUGUUGAUAGUCCAACCUGUACAACUGGCCGGUUCAGUCUGGUUUAUAAAACAUUGCUCCAUGCAAUCCAAAUCUGACACAACUAAAGCUCCCAAUUACAGCCCAAGAUGCAGUCCCAUAUGAUUAAUAUGACCUGAAAUUCAGCCCUAUUUGACCUGUUAACUUUUCUUGGAAUGGCAAAAUUGAGCGUUUAUUUUUUUUGACAACUUUUGCGUCUAACAUAACCUUAAAGAUAAUUUUUUCUUUUACUUUGGCAUAAUCUUAUGUCCCAGUAACAUUAAGUAGCUGGUGAAGAAUUACUUGACAUAAUGCCGAUACAAGUGGCCCAACUUAGCUUAAUUUGGUCCCUGUGUCUUGGUACAAUUUACUGCAUUUUUUCAUUUUUCGCUAUAAGUAUAGUUAAGCAUAUGAUUGUAUAUUAGCUUUGGCUAAUUAUAACUGAAAUAAAUAAAUAAAUAGGUAAAAGGACAACAAAAGACAUUCUAGGAGUUCUAUAAUCGGGGAAAAACAAGAUUUGAUAUAAUAAUUUAUAGUGUAUUUCAUAAUGCAAGACUGUAGCUUAUCUUCCAUGGAGAUUUUUAAUUAGCAAAUAUAGAACAACCCAACUAAUCUAGUGAGAGAAUUCUAGGUCAAAAUUUACCUAAAGCAACUCAGCAUGUAUCAUUUUAAUUCUUGAGAUAGACAUGCAUCUUAUAUACUGCUUCUUGAAGCUUUUAAUGGAAGUCAUAUUAGAAAUUAUUAGAGAUGCAUAUUUCUAUUAUACUAUACAAUUCCUUUAAAAAGGUAGAUAUGGUAUGAUGGAGAAGAGAGAUACAAAGAUUGUAUGACGGAAAUCAAUGCAAAGCAAAGAAUCAGGAAAAAAAUAUAAAGGAAACCCGUACUUUUUGACAAAUCCAAAAAUGUUUAAAGCAUUAAAAGAUAAAGAGGGAAUAGGAUUGAGUAAAAGAACAAUGAUCUGGGAUGUUUCUGAUUUAGGAUAUCGACAUAGGGAGAACAUACGGAGAACUUUCCUCAUCAACAAUUGGUGACCUGAGUUCUGAAGGGACUGAAAUGGACUUGGUUUUCUUCUUGUGAUUAGAUGGAUGGUUCUAAAUUUUCUGAAUUGUUUCUUAUGAUGUCUAAAGAGAGUUUAGAACAGGGUUAGGGUGCCUUUCCUAUCUACUUAGACAAACAAAUUUAUUUUUCUUUAUGCUUUAACAAUUCUUCGGGGAACUUGCUUAAUCAUUUGCACAAUUGGGAGCUGCAAUUUUUGAUGGUGUUCGCUCAAAAGAUAUGAUGCUCACUCAAAUGAUAUAAUUAGAUAUGUGUGCUUCUACUGGUUACACGUUAACAAUGAUUGCUCAGUUUCUUUGGGAUGUGGUAGCGGGGAUUGAUUCUAUGCACGGUUGAUUGAUGGUGUUAGUCUGGUGAUCUCUACAGAGAGCUCUGAGGAACAUAUAUAGAACCAUAUAAUGACAAUCUUGGAUAGGUUCCAGAAUAAGUGGAGCAUCUCCCAAAUGGAGGGAAUAUCUUUUCCAAGCACCUCAAAAGACAUUGGAAUAAGGGUUUAUACCAUGUGGGGAUAUCAGUAGGCACAGACGGUAUGCUCUAUUCCACUAUUUUGGUUGAAGGCUUACAUACAGAAUAAGCCUGUCCUUUCUUCUCUUUUUUUUUUCCAACUAUCAUUUGAUCUUUAUCUAUUCUAUAAACAUAAAAAAAUUGAAAGAGCUACAUUAUGUUUAUUAUAAAUCUAAAAAAUCUUGAAUAUUCAAACAUAUAUUUGAUAUAAAUUAUUUUUUCCACUUAUUUUCUAUAUUUAGUUCUCUAACUAAAUAUCAAAAUAUCUCUAUUUCAUGGCAUAGAUUUAUCCCUGUACAAGGUAUCUUUUUGUUAAAAUAUUUGCAGAAGAAAAAAAGAAAAUAAAAGAAAAAGGUAGAAAAAAAAUAAUUUUAUUUUUCUAUUCCAUCAUAUUCUGUACAUUUUAGGGGUUAUAUAUACUUAUGUACAGACUCCGUAUAAGAAAAACAAUAUAGGCUGAUAUAAGAUCAUACCAACAAUGGAAAAUAUUAUUGACCGAUAUAAGUUGUUAUGUGAUUUCUAAAAUCACUCUAACAAGAUCUUUUUAAUAGAGAAAAAUAAUAUAGGUUGAUAUAGAAUCACGUUAAUAAAAAAAAUAUUAUGGGCGAUGCAGGUUGUUACGUGAUCCUAAAAAUUAUAUUAACAUCUCCCCUCAAACUCAAGAUGGUAUUAUAGGUGCUAAUUUGAAUUUGGAUACUUGAUCACGAAUGUACCGAAAAACUGACAUACUAAAUGAAGAGCUAGAGUAGUAGCUUAGAUAUUGACAUGACAAACUAGAAAUUGACAUAACAGCUCAGAGACUGAUAUAGUGGUAGGUCAAAAACUAACGUGGCAGCAUAGUGCUUGAUAUGAUAGAAAAUGAGCUAUUACGGUAGCCCAGAAACUGAUGUAGCAGAUUAGGAGUUGACAUAACAACUCAAAAAACGUGAUGGAUUGAUGGGUCUGACUGACAUGAUAGACUGAUAUAUCUAUCGAUGUGGUUGAUUGACGACCUGUCUGAUGUGUGGCAGCGAGAAACACAUAAAAGAUGACAGUUACAGCAAGGACAAAGCUUGAAGAGAAGGCAAUCGAAGGUCGAUGAGUUUUGUAAAUGGAGGCACCAUGGAAGAGGAGCAAUUGGCUUCGAAUUGGAUGGUGAAGGAGCCGAAGGUAGUAAAUAAAAUCAGAGAUGGAGAAAAUGGAGACGAGCGACGGUGAGGAGAGACGAUGGAAAAUCUGAAGCUGAGAAGAAAAGCGUUGGAGAGGAGCUACGGAUCCAUAGAAAACGAAAGAUCUUCGGGUAGUAUUCUAUCAAAAAUAGAGGGGAUGCAGAUUUACUAAUAAAAUUAAUAUUGAUUCAUUAGAAAAUAGAAAAUUUGCGGAGAAACAGAGGAUCCGCGGGUUCACCAAAAAAUAGAAGAUUUUUGAAUGUUGAUUUAUUCGAAAACAGAGAUCGAUAGAUCGAUAAAAGGGGUCUUCAAAGGUUUUAGACGCGGCGACGACGGCCAUAGCAAAGGCGGAAGAGAUGAUGAUGCAGGUUCCGUGAUCGGUGGCUCUGAUAUCAUGUUAAAAUAUUUGCAGAAAAAGAAGAAAAUAAAAAAAAGAGAAAAAUAAUUUUAAUUUUUUGUUUUAUUAUAUUCGAUACAUUUCAGGGGUUAUAUAUAUUUGUACAGACUCUAUAUAAGAAAAAUAAUAUAAGCUGAUAUAGGAUUACACUAAUAAUAAAAAAUAUUACUGACUAAUAUAAGUUAUGUGAUCUCUAAAAUUAUUUUAAUAUGGUCUUGUUAAUAAAAAAUAAUAUAUUUUGAUACAAAAUUAUGCUAUUAAAAAUAAUUUUAUGAAUGAUGCAGGUUGUUAUGUAAUUCUUAAAAUUAUACUAACACUUUUCACUAUUUGCACCACAAUCAAACGCUAUCUUAAAACACCAUGUGGGGAUAAUUUUUAGAGGGGAGGCAAACGAUGACCACUUGCUUCUCUCAGUCAAGUGUGGAAUAUUGACUUUCUUGCAUAGGAUGCAUCCAGCUGGUUUAAUGGCCAGUAAAAUAUAAAAAAAUAAAGAAAAGACGAAGAAACCACCAUCGCUUGCUUCCUUUCAACGACUGGAGGGCGACUUCUCUGUAUCAUCAGGCAUCAUUUUGUUUCAUGCACUACGAUGUCUGUUGGGGCCAUUGACCAGUCAGACUCCACCUCGCCUCGAUGCUAUUCCCAUGUCCGGCGGGACCAAUUCGGCCCCCCAUUUUGGUCCAUGGAGGAAUGUUCAAAGAAAAAGCCGUGUCCCGGUCGAUAUCCCAACCAAACGGGACCAAUUAUUUAUUUUUUUUAAAAAAUGAAAGAACGACCAUGCACGGUCAACGGAGCAACGGGCCGGUGUACCAAAAAAAAUAAAAAAAUAAAAAACAGAGCCACAGCCGCACCGUAUCAUUUUUCACAUCUACUAUAUCAUAGCCCUGCUUAAUGCGAGCGGGGAGGAAAGACGGGAGAGAAGAAGAGAUAAUUUCCCGAAAGAAAGGCCAUGGGGAAGCUGAAGCCCUCUUGCUCUACUGCUCUGCUCCUCUUCUCCGUUCUCUUUUGCUUCCCCUCCUCCCAAGCCCAGCAAGAAUACUUGAACAACGCACAAUUGGCCUGCUACGCAACCAACGGCUCCUCCACCUUGGGCUACUCCUGCAACGGGCAACGCAACUCCUGCUCCACCUUCCUCACCUUCCGAUCCCAGACCUCGUACCAGUCCCCCGUCCAAAUCGGCCAGCUCCUCAACGUCAACGCCUCCAAUGUCUCCACCAUCAACGGCGUCGCCGACGGCUCCCGGGUCCCUGUUUCCGACCUCGUCUUCGUCCCCGCCGCCUGCUCCUGCUCUGGCAAGUACUACCAGCACAACGCUUCGUACACUAUCAAAUCCACCGAUACGUACUUCAUCGUCGCCAACUACACCUACCAGGGCCUCUCCACCUGCCAGGCCCUGAUGGCCCAGAACCCCUACAACAGCCGGAACCUCCCCGUCGGCGAGAAGCUGGUCGUCCCAUUGCGCUGCGCCUGCCCCACCUCCAACCAGACCGCCAGCGGCUUCAAGUACUUGCUCAGCUACUUGGUCGCCACGGGCGACAACGUUGACGCGAUAGCCCAGAGGUUCAACACCGACUCCCAGUCGAUUCUGGACGCGAAUGACUUGUCAUCCAGCUCCGUUAUCAAUUUCGUCACCACGCUGUUGGUGCCCCUCAAGACCGAGCCCACCAAGGAGGAGCUCGUGAACCCGCCUCCGCCGCCUUCCCCGCCUCCGCCGACUUCCCCUGGCGCGACCAGCGACAAGGGCAGCUCUAACAAGAAAUGGAUAGGCAUCGGAAUCGGAAUCGGAGUCGGUGUUUUAGCCAUUUGUGGAGUUCUGGUUUGGUUCUUGUGCUGGCGCCGCCGCCGUGAACGCCAGCCAAUCCCUCAAGGUCCCAAGAUCGCCGAGUCCCCGUCGGAUGCUUUGGUUUCUAGCGAGAUCCGCAGCGUCAUCGGGUCACUGACGCUGUAUAAGUUCCAAGAACUGGAGAGUGCCACCGGGUCUUUCGGGGAAGAUCACAGGAUCAAAGGAUCCGUUUACCGGGCUGUCAUCAACGGAGACAAUGCAGCGGUGAAGAGGCUGAAAGGUGAUGUGUCGAAUGAGAUCGAUAUAUUGAAGCACGUCAACCAUUCCAACGUGGUCAGGCUGUCCGGUUUCUGCCUCCACGGAGGGAACACUUACCUUGUCUAUGAGUUCGCCGAGAGGGGAUCUCUCAGUGACUGGCUUCAUCGGAAGAGGGAUUGGAGUGGUUCGAGUCAUCUCGGCUGGCGGCAGAGGGUUCAGAUUGCUCACGAUGUCGCUGAUGGGCUCAAUUAUCUGCACAAUUACGUGAGCCCGCCGUAUGUCCACAAGAACUUGAAGAGCAGCAACAUCCUCCUCGGCAGGGAGUUCAGAGCGAAGCUCUCCAACUUCGGGCUGGCAAGGCCGGUGGAGGAUUCGGGAGGCCCGCUCCUCACGAGGCAUGUUGUUGGUACUCAGGGUUACUUGGCGCCGGAGUAUCUAGAGCAUGGGCUCAUUACCCCUAAGAUCGAUGUUUUCGCAUUCGGAGUGGUCAUGUUGGAGUUGCUGUCAGGUAAGGAAGCUACCUUCGCCAAGGAAGGUGAUGAGAAAAAGGAGGUGCUGCUGUGGUCGUUGAUAGGGGAAGUUCUCAGCGGCGAAGAUGUGAGGAGCAAGUUGAGGAGUUUUGUCGAUCCUUAUCUACAGAAUGAUUAUCCCUUUGAUCUAGCAUUUGCUAUGGCUGAGUUGGCAAUGCGCUGCGUCACACGCGACCCUGCAUCUCGCCCAAGCAUGACUGAGGUUUUUCUGUCCCUGGCAGCAGUUUAUAAUUCUACUUUGGAUUGGGAUCCAUCAAACUUAAAGAUUUUGUAAAUAUAUCAGCUAAUUGUUUCUCGGUAUACACAUGCUCAAUACAUACAUUGCUAUUUUGCACAUGAUUUCUAAUGAAGUGAUACCUAAUUUCAA